GCAUGAGCGUCACAGACUGCGCGCUUGAUGAGACCAGCGUCGCGGUUGAAGAUGUCAAAGACGGGAUCAUCGUCUGAUGCUGAAAGCCUGAAACUCUUGGCGAGCGCUAUAUAGCCGUCUUGACGACCGCUCCACGCCUUGUGUGAGAGCUUGUCUUCGAUGCUGAGCGAGUCAUAGUUGGGCGCCUCCGGCUGUGGCCCGUCCAUGGCAUGAGACUGCCCGGUCCGCACUGGCGCUCGUUCGCGGAGUCGCGUGCCUUUUGAUUUCCUGCCGAGCAAAGAGAGUGACGAAAGUUUUGGCGGCAGGGUCAAGCAAGAUGGUCGAAGCCGGUGUCGUCGAGCUGGAAGCAGCCAACGGGCACGGCACAGAGCAAGUCAAGCUCAAGACAAUGGCAGCAGAGCACCCUGCCGCAGAAGGCGAAGCUCCAAACGGCAAUGGCCACCAUGCCGAGGAGGACGAUGACUCUGAAGGCGAGGGUGAAGAGGGUGCGAACGGCGGAGGCGAGGCAGAGAAGAAGAAGAAAAAGAAGAAGAAGCCCAAGAAGAAGAAGGCUGCCGUCUCGAAAGUGCCUCAGGCACCUGCGCUCGCUCAGUCUGAGCCUCCUCGAGUCGGCUUGACAAAGAUGUUCCCCAACCAGCAAUUCCCCAUUGGCGAAUGCCAUGAGUAUCUCAAUGCCAAUGCCUUCAGGACGACGUCAGAGGAGAUGCGCGCAAAAGAGAAAGAGAUCAUGUCUGAGCCUUCAACGCAUGCAUUCAACUACAACGCCAUUCGCAGAGCGGCAGAGGCACACCGUCAGGUACGCCAAUACGUCCGCGCCAACGUCAAGCCCGGCAUGACCAUGACCGAAAUCGCGCAUAUGGUCGAGGACGGCACACGAGCACUGAUCGAAGAGAACGGCAUGGAGAGCGGUAUAGGCUUUCCGACCGGCCUCUCUCUGGACCACUGUGCUGCUCACUACACCCCCAAUCCGGGCGACAAGACCGUAUUGCAGGCCUCCAACGUCCUCAAGGUCGACUUUGGCAUCCAUGUCGCUGGCCGUAUCGUCGAUUCGGCUUUCACAAUGACUUUUGAGCCGACGUACAACCGUCUGCUGGAAGCAGUCAAGGAUGCCACCAAUACUGGCGUACGCGAAGCCGGUAUCGACGUCCGCACAAACGACAUUGGCGCGGCAAUUCAGGAAGUCAUGGAGUCUUACGAGGUCGAGUUGAAAGGCAAGAUGAUUCCAGUGAAAACGAUCAGAAAUCUGUCUGGGCAUUCUAUCAACCCUUAUCAGAUCCACGGCGGCAAGAACGUGCCCAUCGUGAGAGGUCAGAGGGGCGACAAGAUGGAAGAAGGAGACUACUUUGCCAUCGAGACAUUCGGCAGCACGGGCCGUGGAGAAGUCUUUGAUGACGGAGCAUGUUCGCACUUUGCAAAGCAGGUUGACGCCAGGCAUGUGCCGCUCAGGCUGCAAUCCUCAAAGCAUCUCCUCAACGUCAUCAAUUCGCAUUUCGGCACUUUGCCCUUCUGCCGACGUUAUCUCGAGCGUGCGGGCGAGGCGCAUCAUCUACUAGCUCUCAACGACCUCGUUAGCAAAGGUAUCGUACAAGACUACCCACCUCUCAGUGACAUCAAAGGAUGCAUGACCGCGCAGUUCGAGCAUACUAUAAUUUUACGACCUACCUGCAAAGAAGUCGUGUCGCGCGGCGAUGACUACUGAGCUCGUCUGAGUCUUGUAUGAGAUGCAUGUGGUGUACCAUGUGCUGAAGGCGAUGGUGCACUCGUAGACGAGAAUCUGUGCCGUC